ACCAAUAUUACACUUCCUGGUUCGAUCCCCUGUCUACAAAUACAGUAUCUAAUUGAUAUUGGCCAGCUAUAGUCAACUGAAAACAUUGACAAAAUUAGUCGUCGAGCACAAACCGGGGAUAAUGUGGACGUUGAGCGAUGACCUCGCGCUACCGUUUUUAUUUGUAAUCUAGUCUUAAUGUCGUCAGAAACUAAGGAUGUGACUGUCGACUGUUCAACAAAGUUGAGUCUGACUAUGACAAGCUUUGUCCGUCUGCUAUGCUUUUACUGGUUUUAAAUAGCUUUUGCGCCAUGGACACCGAAGGAAUUGUGAUCCGAAUUAAAACGCCCGGCGGAGACAUGGAUUCGUCUGUGGACUGUCCGUCAUUACUGAGCUUUAAUGACUUGCUGGUUGCAAUUAGGGAAGUUAUGCCCGAAGCGACUAUCACAGCAUUUGAGUAUGAGGAUGAGGUCGGCGACCGAAUCACGGUGCGGAGUGACGAAGAGCUGAAAGCCAUGCUCUCCUAUUACUGCAGCACAGUGAUGGAGCAGCGUGUGAACGGACUUCUCCCCGAGCCACUCCACAUCUUCCCCCGAGCUGGCAAGACCCCAGGGAUCCGGAACAUUCACGGGCUGAAGGUGAACACACGUUCUGACCCAGGUGAAAACUGUGCUCCCGCUCCUCCCGAGAUGCUGCCCAACAACAGCUUAAAGAAAUCGUCCGCUGAACUGAAGAGGAUCCUGACCAAUGGACAGAUAAAUGAGCAGGACAUUCGAAUCCAGGAGCUGCUGGGUCAUGGCAACGGGGGAACGGUGUACAAAGCAUACCAUCACCUGGGAAAGCGGGUUUUAGCAGUCAAGGUCAUCCCCCUGGACAUUACCGUGGAGCUGCAGAAACAGAUCAUGUCCGAACUGGAGAUCCUCUACAAGUGCGACUCCCCCUACAUCAUCACCUUUUACAGUGCCUUCUUUGUGGAGAACCGCAUAUCCAUCUGCACAGAGUUCAUGGACGGGGGCUCUCUGGACGUUUACCGGAAGAUUCCGGAGCAUGUGCUGGGAAGGAUUGCUGUGGCAGUUGUAAAAGGACUAAACUAUCUGUGGAGCCUGAAGAUUUUGCACAGAGACGUUAAGCCCUCUAACAUGCUGGUGAACACACAGGGGGAGGUCAAACUGUGUGAUUUUGGAGUCAGCACUCAGUUGGUGAAUUCCAUUGCGAAGACAUACGUAGGCACAAAUGCGUACAUGGCGCCUGAGAGGAUAUCGGGGGAGCAGUAUGGGAUCCACUCAGACGUGUGGAGCGUUGGGAUCUCGUUCAUGGAGCUAGCACUGGGAAACUUCCCCUACCCCCAGAUCCAGAAGAACCAAGGGUCUUUAAUGCCUCUUCAGUUAUUGCAGUGUAUUGUGGAUGAGAAUCCCCCUGUACUUCCUGUGGGCCAGUUCAGCGAGAAGUUCAUUAAUUUCAUCACUCAGUGCAUGAAAAAACUUCCCAAAGAACGCCCUGCACCAAACAAUCUCAUGGACCAUCCCUUCAUCAUGCAGUACAACGACGGCUCCGUCGAGGUGGUGUCCAUGUGGGUGUGCAGGUGCCUGGAGGCCCGGCGGGCACUGCUGCAGCGCCAGGGCGUGUAGCGUGUAGCGUGUAGCGUGACCCCCAACAAGAGCCACGGCGACACGGCCUGCCCGCCAACACCUCCCUCCUGUGUCACGGCAACACCUCCCUCCUGUGUCACGGCAACACCUCCCUCCUGUGUCACGCCAACACCUCCCUCCUGUGUCACGGCAACACCUCCCUCCUGUGUCACGGCAACACCUCCCUCCUGUGUCACGCCAACACCUCCCUCCUGUGUCACGGCCAAGGCACGGGAUAGGCUGCACCAGAGCUGGCAUGCAACGACACAGCUUGCGCACACACACACACACACACACACACACACACACACACACACACACACAUACACACACGCGCACACACAUACACACACACACACACACACACGCACGCGUGCGCACACGCACACGCGCGCACACACACACA